AUGGUAGUUUCCCCAGGAAUAUACAACCAUAAAACACCACGAAACUUAUUGUUUACCAACAAGUGUAUAGCCAUGUACCACCCACAUAUUGGAGCAGCAUACAUAGCGGAUGGAUUCACGGAUGAUUGUGACGAGCUCAUUCACCGCUGCCUUGAAGCUGGCACUGUCACCUUUGAAGUAUUCUCCGAAGUAUGGAAGAGUAUGGAGUUUUCGUGUAUAUUCCAUAACAGAUCUUCAGGCGCAGAAAUUGCAGAAUUGAGUGAGGAAGUGAUACAUAUUGCCAAAAACUAUAUGUUAGCCGAUACUAGUAAUUUUGAGGAAUCGGUAACAGGCCUCUUCCUAGUCUACAGUCUCCUAAAUCUCCAGCCGUAUGCCAACUUUGCACAUCUUCGAAUUGUUCAGGAUGAUCUACCGGCCAUACAGAGGAUAGAGGUGGUAGCCAGGCGGGAUCGGAGACAAGAUGUGCUCUAUAUCCUGGGAUCAAUACUUAUACAAGGGCCUGUGCAGUACCAAGCUGUGCUCAGAGAAAGGGGCAUGGAAUAUCCUAUCAAGAAGUACUUAGAAGGUUACGGGGGUGUAGACAAGAAAGAUGCUCGACCUAAAGGAGUGUUCUACCGUCAGAACACUGAGCUGGAUCUCUUGAAGGAGCUGAAACAUCUGACUAUACGGUACUGCAACGCUAAAGAAAAUAUUACUGGUGUAAAACCAGAUGACUUAAGCUAUGUGGAUCCUAACUUUGCCAUAAACUUGGACAAGAGUCUGAGGAACGUCAUCAGCGGGAUAUAUGACAAUGAUGAACAGGAUAUUGAUGAUGCUCAUGAUGCUGAUUCUACCAACAGUACUGAAUUAGUUAAAAGUAUAAAGAAGAAGGCGAUGCAAGCCAAGGUUAAGCCACUUCGACAUCGGAUGGAUGUGGCGUCCAGAGCAACCCAACAAGCUGCACAAGUAAACAAAACGUCCAACCCCAAGACGUACAACAACCCUCGAAAUAAAGCCAAGAAACGGAUCAGGAAAGAAGCAACCAAUUCAGAUGAGAGCGACGACUACACAGUCAAACAAGAUUCAGACAAAGAAGUAGAAGAUGAUAUUUUAGAUCUGACAACAUUCAACCAACUGUCAUCCGAAGCUAAUAAUUUACAAUUUGAAUCUUUACCAGAAAUCAUACAAAAUGAAGACCAGAGACGGACGUAUGAAAUUGAAAUCAUUGACCAUUUAAACCAGGCCGCACAAUCAUCUGCUAGCCCUGAUGAUAGUAGUCAAGAAAUAUUUAAACAUAAACGGGAUCUAAAAAAGACUAUUGUGAAAUCUAGGUUCAAAAGGAUGGGUAUGUUGCCUGUUGCCAAUUUUGGACCUAAUAAAGAGCCCUAA